AUGUCUGCACCACAUCAACCAACCCGUUUCCGCAUUGAGGAUCUCUCUCCAGAGGAAUACCACGCCGAACACUCGCACCUCAAGGCCGAGAUGGGCGACUCGGCCUAUCUCGCCCUUCGCAAAUCCGAAAUAAACACCAGAAUGUCAGAAAUCGGAGCUGGAAUAAUGUCGGGUCGAAUUUCGCUACCUCCAAUCACACGUGUUCAAGAGCCAAAUCAAAUCAGUCUUGACGGUCGAAAAUUCCGCGUUGGAAGUAGCGAAGGGGUUCCAAAGCACAUCACUGACGCUAUGAUGGAUUUUGUUUCGAGAGAUGAGAAGGAGACUGAGCAGGCGUCUACAGAGGUGCCGGAAGAGUGGUUGCCAUAUGAGAUUAAAGCUGGCGAGGAUGAGGAAGAGGAGGACCCUGAAGCUAAUGAAAGGCAGCAGGAUCAAGAAAUUCUGGAUGGGAAGUUCUCUGUGAGGAACGUUAAGAUGCCGGAAUGGAAAGCAUCUGCUUAA